AUGCAUUAUCGACAACUCAUGACCCUUGACAUAGGGAAUGAUAUGCUAUUAUGCAAGGUUUUCCCAACCAGCCUACAAGGCCAGGCUCUAUCGUGGUUUCACCGACUGCCCGCGAACUCGAUUGACAAUUUUCGGGAUUUGUCCGAGGUCUUCGUAGGGCAAUACUUAUGUUCAGCCAGACAUAAGCAGAAUAUCAGCACCCUGCAGAAUCUCAAAAUGCAAGAAAACGAAACGUUGAGAGAGUUCAUGAAGCGCUUCGGACAAGCUGUCCUUCAAGUCGAAUCGUACAACAUGGACGCAAUUCUCCAAAUUUUUAAGCGGAGCAUAAGCUCGGGAACCACCUUCUUUGAGUCUCUCGCCAAAAAACCUCCUACAACCAUGGACGAAUUAUUCCGGCGUGCAAGUAAAUACUCCAUGCUAGAAGAUGACAUCCGCGCCGCUACACAGCAGGUUUUGGUAACUGGCCAGACUACUAAAAAUGAAGCCACCAAAAGCUUCAAAGCGCCCAACCAUCCGGGGUCAUCCAACAGGGGGCAAGAGGAGCGGCGCCCGCCACCCAUUCGAACACCACUCACUAUGUCGUGCAAAAAACUGCUUCCUAUAAUCCGCAAUCUGACUGGAUUCAGGUGGCCAGUACCGAUAAGAUCGAACCCCUUAGAAAGGGAUUGUAACAAAAGAUGUGAUUACCAUAAAGAUCAUAAGCACACAACUGAAACGUGCAUAAGCCUCCGUUAUAUGAUAGAGGAACUCCUAAAAGCUGGACACUUGAAGCAAUACGUCCGAACAGUGCCUAAAGGUGGAGAGUCACCCCAUAAUCGAGGCCCACGCGCCCCAGCAACUCCUAUUAGAGCAAUGAUCAACUACAUAUACGGAGGACCUUUGGAUGCCGAGUGCAAUUCCAAAAGGAAAAAGCAAAGACUGUUGCGAGCAGCUACAAUUCAAGAACACGUGAGCCUCGUCCAGCCGGGAUUGGUCAAUGGGAGCAUCCAUCCCAUAGAUGGAACCAUUGUCUUCCCCGCUCCAGAUCCAUCCCGAGUGUUGCAGCCACACCAAGAUGCUCUCAUCCUAACAAUAGGGGUGGGAAACUACGAUGUAAAAAGAAUCUUGAUCGACCCAGGCAGCUCCGCGGACUUAUUGCAGGUGGCGGUCAUCAAACGAAUGGGUUUUGAGCCCUCAAACCUGGAGAAUCCUGGAAGAACCCUGUCCGGGUUCAAUGAGUCAUCUACAACCUCACUUGGGGAUAUAAUACUACCGGUUUAUGCCGGGCCUGUUAUCCUAAACAGUUUAUUUUUUGUGGUUGAGGAUUUAUCCCCUUUUAAUGCCAUCUUGGGACGUACAUGGUUACAUGGAAUGAAGGCCAUUCCAUCCACGUAUCAUCAGAGGGUCAGCUUCAUCACCCAAGAUGGGCAAAUUAAUCUUUACGGAAGCCAGCUUGCUGCCUGA